AUGCGGUCUGCUCAUGCCCUUCUCGCUACCGCUGCGGUUGUUGCGGCUGGCGCUGUGAAACGAGACGGAACCCCAUCCUGCGCAGAGCCUUGUUUUCAAACCGCUGUGAACGACUAUGGCUGCGGCAAGUGGCUAUCAGACCCAAAGUGUUGCGAGUCAGAAGACUUCCUGAGGCAAGUCGCCCGAUGCCUCAUAGACGACUGUCCAGACAGCGAUGGGUCAACUGCUUGGGAAACGGUGAGGACCGAGUGCCAUACCAUCAUUGCGGAAUGGUCUGAAGCGAAAGAUAUACUUGGAGAUGAUUCAACCUCAACAGUGAGCAGUGAAAGCUCCACGCCGUCCACUACGAGCUCAUCUACCGAGACCGAAUCAUCUGAACCCACUACAACCACUGAUUCGCCCGAGUCUUCUUCGACAGUUCCUGAUUCUUUGACUACAUCACUCUCCGUUCCUACAUUCUUAUAUCCAACUCCCUCCGAUUACCACACGCCCCUUCCGGACGACUAUUAUCCCUUUCGCGACAAUAGUUCUGGCCUGAGUACUGGCAAAAUCGCAGCUAUUGGUGUCGUAGUACCGCUGGUGGUUAUUGUGAUAUUGAUAUGUCUUUUCCAAUGGUUCCGGCGGCGAAGGGGUUACCGGGAUAUCUGCACAGAGACUCCAGAUCCGGAGCCAAAAGCGAUGCCGGACGCUGAGGAACACCCACCGGUGGUUCACGAAAUCGGUGGCACUGAACUCAACGUAAAUGAUAGUGGCCAAUUUCUUGAAUUGGAGGCGAUACCUGCAACACCCAAGCUUGAGACCAGCACGCCCGAUAGCCCAAGGGCUUCUCAGUCCGAACGAGGCCUUGCCGCUUCACCGACUUGGAAUCUACAGGCACCCGAAGAGCUAGAUGCCGCUAGUACUCAGGCUACAAGCUCCAGUCAUCAACGGGGUGGCAGUUCGUCGAGGCUCUCUGAGCCAGCACCAUCUUCAAACCGAGUCUCUGCCGUCUCAGCGGCUCCUCUGAUCCCGCCUAGGCCACCAUCCACACCAGACCCUUCAUCGUCGCGUCGCGUAUCAGCAAUUGAACCACCAGCCGAGCCCGCAUCCGACGAAAGUAAGGAAAUAGAUGGCCUGCUAUCGAAUCUGGCGUCUUUGGAACAACGGAAAAGAGAAAGAGUGUCGCAGCUGCAGAUGCUGCAAGAAGAAGAGGCGGCGAUUCUGGAGCAGAUUCGAAAGAGAGCUGCGGGGGAUUCACCCCGGCCAUCACAGGACCAGACGUAA